GGGAAAAGGAGGGAAAGGAUUCGUCGGAGUAACUUUCCAGAAAAACAGUCAACGUGUAGCAGGAGUGACUCCAAGAGGGGAAAAAAAAGUUCCGUUACCACGUCGAACGAGAGGGCUCGCAAAGUAUUUUUCAAACGGGCUCGGCUUUUCCUGUGCCUGUUUAAAACAUUAAAAUCGUGCAGCAAAAGAGGCUGCGUGCGCUGGUCCCUCCCUCCCCCACCCGGGCCAGAGACGUCAUGGGAGGGAGGUAUAAAAUUUCAGCAGAGAGAAAUAGAGAAAGCAGUGUGUGUGCAUGUGUGUGUGAGAGAGGGAGAGGGAGAGGAGCGAGAGGGAGCGAGGGAGAGAGAGAGGGAGAAGGAGAGGGAGAAGCAGCAGGGAGAGGAAGGGAGGGAAGCAGAAAGCCAAGGCCAAGGGAAUGAGAAGGCGAGGGGAGAGAUAGGCGAAGAAGCCUGAGAAAGAAGGAAUAACCGCUUUCCGGAGCAGGCGUGCAGGGAACUGGCUGCUAUUUUCUUUUCCUUUUCCUUUUUAUUUUUUUAAAGAGAAGCAGGGAACAGAAGCAAUGGCCGAGGGAGAAGACAAGCCGAGGUGCUGGUGACACUGGGCGUCCAAGUGGAUUAUUGGGGCUGCUCUCCAGGGGCCUGUCCUCCCUGCCUUCCAAUUGCACAUACCCCCACUUCCCAGCCAAUGAAGACGAGAGGCAGCAUGAACAAAGUCAUUUAGAAAGCCCCCGAGGAAGUGUAAACAAAAGAGAAAGCAUGAAUGGUGUGCCCGAGAGACAAGUGUGUCCUGCAGUGUGUCCUGCGCUGCCCCCACCUUUCCUGGGGCCAGCCCAGCCCAGCCCUGCCUCUCCCCACCUACUCACUGGCGAUCUGACUUUUUUUUAAGAAUUUUUUUCCCCCUUUUCUUUUCCCUUCUCUUUUCUUAUCCUCCUUCAGGGCAAGGCGAGGAUUUUGAUUUUGGGACCCAGCCAUGGUCCUCCUGCUCCUUCUCUAAAAUACCCACUUUCUCCCCAUCGCCAAGCGGCAUUUGGCAAUAUCAGAUAUCCGCUCUAUUUAUUUUUACCUAAGGAAAAACUCCAGCUCUCUUCCCACUCCCAGCUGCCUUGCCACCCCUCCCAGCCCUCUGCUUGCCCUCCACCUGGCCUGCCGGGAGUCAGAGCCCCGCAGAACCUGUUUAGACACAUGGAGAAGAAACCCAGAGCUCCAAGGCACACAGUCGGCUUCUUCGCGCUCAGGGUUGCCAGCGCUUCCUGGAAGUCCUGAAGCUCUCGCAGUGCAGUGAGUUCAUGCACCUUCUUGCCAAGCCUCAGUCUUCGGGAUCUAGGGAGGCCGCCUGGUUUUCCUCCCUCCUUCUGCACGACUGCUGGGGUCUCCUCCUCGCUGGGCCUUGCAGCCCCCCGGGCCGCUCUCUCCAGCUUGAGCAGGAAGAUGCACUUGCAGAGGGCUCUGGUGGUCCUGGCCCUGCUGAACUUGGCCACGGUCAGCCUCUCUCUGUCCACUUGCACCACCUUGGACUUUGGCCACAUCAAGAAGAAGAGGGUGGAAGCCAUUAGGGGACAGAUCUUGAGCAAACUCAGACUCACCAGUCCCCCUGAGCCAUCGGUGAUGACCCACGUCCCCUACCAGGUCCUGGCCCUUUACAACAGCACCCGGGAGCUGCUGGAGGAGAUGCAGGGGGAGAGGGAGGACAGCUGCACUCAGGAAAACACCGAGUCGGAGUACUAUGCCAAAGAAAUCCAUAAAUUCGACAUGAUCCAGGGGCUGGCAGAGCACAAUGAGCUGGCCGUCUGCCCCAAAGGAAUCACCUCCAAGGUUUUCCGCUUCAACGUGUCCUCAGUGGAGAAAAAUGGAACCAACCUGUUCCGAGCAGAAUUCCGGGUCUUGCGGGUGCCCAACCCCAGCUCCAAGCGCAGUGAGCAGAGGAUCGAGCUCUUCCAGAUUCUCCGGCCCGAUGAGCACAUUGCCAAACAGCGCUACAUCGGCGGCAAGAAUUUGCCCACGCGGGGCACCGCCGAGUGGCUGUCUUUUGACGUCACCGACACAGUGCGUGAGUGGCUUCUGCGAAGAGAGUCCAACCUGGGUCUGGAAAUCAGCAUUCACUGUCCAUGUCACACCUUUCAGCCCAAUGGAGACAUCCUAGAAAACAUUCAUGAGGUGAUGGAAAUCAAAUUCAAAGGGGUCGACAGUGAGGACGAUCAUGGCCGUGGGGAUCUCGGACGCCUCAAGAAGCAGAAGGACCACCACAACCCCCACCUCAUCCUCAUGAUGAUCCCCCCGCACAGGCUGGACAACCCAGGCCAGGGCGGGCAGAGGAAGAAGCGGGCCCUGGACACCAAUUACUGCUUCCGCAAUCUGGAGGAGAACUGCUGUGUGCGCCCUCUCUACAUUGACUUCCGACAAGAUCUGGGCUGGAAAUGGGUCCAUGAACCUAAGGGCUACUACGCCAACUUCUGCUCAGGCCCUUGCCCCUACCUCCGCAGCGCGGACACAACCCACAGCACGGUACUGGGACUGUACAACACUCUGAACCCCGAAGCAUCCGCCUCACCUUGCUGCGUGCCCCAGGACUUGGAGCCCCUGACCAUCCUGUACUAUGUCGGGAGGACCCCCAAAGUGGAACAGCUGUCUAACAUGGUGGUCAAGUCCUGUAAGUGUAGCUGAGACCCUGCCUGCGACGGAGAGAGAGGACAGAGGACCGCCACCGCCUGACCGCCUGCUCCUCGGGAAACAAAAGCAACAGACCUCACCUAGAGGCCCGGAGCCCACAACCUGCGGCUCCGGGCGGAUGGCCGAGACGGAAGUUCCCUUUCGGGACAUUUCUCCUCCUUGCUGGCUCUGGGAAUCACUGUGGUAAAGAAAGUGUGGGGUUGGUUAGGGGAAGGCCCAACUCUUCAGAAUACACAGAUUUUCUGUGACGUAGACGGAGGUGGUGGGGACAGAGGAAGAGGGAUGGCAAGUCGACACGGGGACGCAUCAGGCAACAAUGGAUCUGGGAUACCCUAGGGAGGAGGAAGGGCAGAGAACAGCCGGGACAGGGCCAGGCCCGAAGACACUUCUGAGGUCAGAUGGGCUCAUUGCUGCCCCACAUCUGCUCUAGGGAAUGGGGGUUACCUGAUUCAAGGCAAGCAUUUUCCUUCAGACAGGUGACCUAGACAAAGUCCCAGAAUUGUUAUCUUGGGCUACCUGGGAUUAAGGAGGAAUGUGUUAUUUUUGCAAAUUGUCCUCUCAACAUCAAUCAGCAGCACCAAGGGUCAGUACAGGGAGAAAAAUCCAGGGAAUGGAGUUCCUGGACCGUCAACUCUGUGGGGCCAUCUGGACACGCUGAACUCAGAAGCAGAGGGUGGGAACGAACGCUCUCCUGUCUGCCCUCUGGGUCCCUCCUCUCGCCUUCUUCCUCGAUCGCAUUUCCCCUUGGACAUAUGGCUAGACACCUUCCAGGGCAAGGGCGCACAUAUUGGGAUUUGGGGUCUGUGCAGUCUUGGGGCAUUAUGGGUUCCCUCCCCCACCCCAGACCCUGCGUUCAUCUGGUGUUCCUGGAAGAAGGUGCUAGAAUGGGUGAGGCGUGCGGGGAGGUCGCGCACACGCCACACAAUGACUUGGCCCCAGACACGUAGACUGAGGUAUAAAGACAAAUACAAAUAUUACUCUCAAAUUCUUUGUAUAAAUAAAUAUUUUUGGGGAAUCUUG